CUAUCCAUCGUUUCUUCUUCUUGUUCUCUCUCUCUCUCCAGUUAUAUAUACUAUAUUUCCGUUUUGGUGGAUUUCUUGAUUUUGAUUUCAAAAUCACAAGUUUUUUGCUUUUCUUUUUCUAGGAUUAUUAGAUCAGACAACAUGGUUGAAACGCGGCGGAGCUCGUCUUCCUCUAAGCGCCCCCUGUCUUCUCCUUCAUCUCCUCUGCCUAGCGGAAAGCGAUCGAAGGCGGCGGAGGCGUCUUCUUCAUCUACGAACGAUUCGCCGGCAUCCGAAGAAGUGGUAGACGCGGCUGUGCCGAAAGAAUUGGAGGCUGGAUCGGCUGAUCUGGCCAUCAGCGGCGUCGUAAAGCAGUCGGAUGAUUUGACGGCGGAGAAAUCGCCGGAGCCGGCGGUUGAAGAUGACACCGUAAUAGAUGCGGAGAAAGGGAAGUCGAGUGGGCCAUCAGUGAAUCGCGGGAAGAAACGGCAACUGAAAUCUGAUACUGGGAUUGCAUGGGGGAAACUCCUUUCCCAGUGUUCACAGAAUCCGCAUGUUGUUAUGCAUCGUCCUACUUUCACUGUUGGUCAAGGCCGCCAAUGUGACUUGUGGGUGGGAGAUCCUACAGUUAGUAAAUCUUUGUGUAGUCUGAAGCUCAUGGAGACUGAGGGAGGGGACUCGGUUACUGUGCUUGAAAUCACUGGGAAAAAGGGUGCUGUUCAAGUUAAUGGCAAGGUUUACCCCAAAGAUUCCACUAUUCCUCUAAAUGGAGGUGAUGAGGUGGUCUUUAGCUCGUCUGGUAAACAUGCUUAUAUUUUCCAACAACUCACCAACAGUGGUGAAUCAGCGACGGAUAUGCCUCCUUCAGUCAGCAUAUUAGAAGCUCAUGGUGGACCCAUAAAAGGAUUACAUAUUGAGGCAAGAACUGGGGAUCCUUCUACUGUUGCUGUUGCAUCAACUCUGGCCUCGCUAUCACAUCUCAGUAAUGAGUUAUCUCUUCUUCCUCCAUCAUCUCGGAGUGGGGAAGAUGUACAACAAGCUUCUGAAAUACCAUCUGUGCCUACUACUUGUGAAGUGCCAGACAAUUGUGUUGUUGAUACUGAAAUGAAGGAUACUUCUGUCCAUAACGAUGUUGCUUCUGCAUCAGUAGUUGAGAAGACUGGUGGUCCAUCUCCUGGUUUGGCGAGUGACAACUUGAAUAUUGAUGCUGAGAUUGGGAAGAUUGUAGGGGAAAACAAUGACUUGAGACCAGUUUUGCAUUUCUUAGGCCCAACAGCUCCUGAUUUUGAUAUAACUGGCAGCUUAUCAAGAAUUCUUGAUGAGCAUCGGGGAGUUAGAGAUCAGUGCAAGGGUUGUGAUCCCCCCAUUUCAGUGUCGUCAAGACGUCAAGAAUUUAAAGAUGGUUUACGACAAGGAGUAAUAGAUUGCAAAAAUAUUGAUGUUUCAUUCGAAAAUUUUCCCUAUUAUCUAAGUGAGACCACCAAGAAUGUUCUUAUUGCUUCGACAUACAUACAUUUGAAAUGUAAUAAAUUUGUAAAGUUUACUUCAGAUCUCCCUACAGUGUGUCCAAGAAUUUUGUUGUCAGGCCCCGCAGGUUCUGAAAUAUAUCAGGAAACAUUGACCAAGGCUCUUGCUAAAUAUUUUGGUGCGAGGCUCCUUAUAGUUGAUACUGUUCUAUUGCCUGGUGGACCAAUGACAAAGGAGGUUGAUUCUGUCAAAGAGAAUCCAAAACCCGAGAGAGCGAGUGUUUUCGGAAAGAGAACUAGUGCUGCACUACACCUUAGGAAACCAGCCUCAAGUGUGGAGGCUGAUAUUACUGGGGGUUCUGCUAUAAGUACUCAGGCUCAGCCUAAACAGGAAGCAUCUACUGCUUCAUCGAAAAGCUAUACUUUCAGAAAAGGAGACAGAGUAAAAUAUGUGGGUUCUUUACCAUCAGGAUUUUCUCCUUCCCAAGCUCCAAUUAGGGGUCCAACCUAUGGUUAUAGAGGCAAGGUGGUUCUUGCUUUUGAAGAAAACGGCUCUUCUAAAAUUGGGGUUAGAUUUGACAGAACAAUUCCAGAGGGAAAUGAUCUGGGGGGCCUUUGUGAAGAAGAUCAUGGUUUCUUUUGUGCUGCUGACUUACUACGUCUUGAUAACUCCAGUGGUGAUGACAUUGACAAGCUUGCCAUUAAUGAGCUCUUUGAGGUUGCUUCCGUUGAAAGUAAAAGUAGUCCAUUAAUUUUGUUCCUGAAAGACAUAGAGAAAUCCAUGGUUGGGAAUCCAGAGGCAUAUGCUGCCUUCAAAAUUAAGCUUGAAACUUUGCCAGAAAAUGUUGUUGUAAUAGCUUCACAUACUCAGACGGACAACCGAAAGGAGAAAUCUCAUCCUGGUGGAUUGCUUUUCACAAAAUUUGGAAGCAACCAAACCGCAUUACUUGACCUUGCUUUCCCGGAUAAUUUUGGUAGAUUGCAUGAUAGAAGUAAAGAAAUUCCAAAAACAAUGAAACAACUCAGCCGUCUUUUCCCGAACAAAGUGACGAUACAAAUCCCCCAGGAUGAAACAGUGCUUGUGGACUGGAAACAACAGUUAGACCGAGAUAUUGAAAGAAUGAAGUCACAAUCAAAUAUUGGCAGCAUUCGCGUAGUUCUAAACCGGGUUGGCCUUGAUUGCCCUGAUUUGGAAACAUUAUGCAUUAAAGACCAAGCUUUGACUAGUGAAAGUGCGGAAAAAGUAAUUGGCUGGUCUUUAAGUCAUCACUUUAUGCAUUGCUCUGAAGCUUCACUCAGAGAGUCGAAAUUUGUUAUUUCAAGUGAAAGUAUGAGAUAUGGGCUCGACAUUCUACAGGGCAUUCAAAAUGAAAACAAGAGUUUGAAGAAAUCCCUCAAGGACGUGGUUACUGAAAAUGAGUUUGAGAAAAAGCUCCUUGCUGAGGUUAUACCACCUGGUGAUAUUGGUGUCACUUUUGAUGAUAUUGGAGCUUUGGAGAAUGUGAAGGAAACUUUGAAGGAAUUGGUGAUGCUACCCCUGCAAAGGCCAGAAUUGUUCAGCAAAGGACAGCUUACAAAACCUUGUAAAGGAAUAUUGCUCUUUGGGCCUCCUGGUACUGGUAAAACAAUGCUUGCAAAAGCUGUUGCAACUGAAGCUGGGGCAAAUUUCAUCAACAUAUCGAUGUCAAGCAUCACUUCAAAAUGGUUUGGUGAAGGAGAGAAGUAUGUGAAAGCAGUCUUCACUUUGGCCAGCAAAAUAGCGCCUAGCGUUGUUUUUGUUGAUGAGGUUGACAGCAUGUUAGGUAGACGAGAGAACCCAGGAGAACAUGAAGCAAUGCGUAAAAUGAAGAAUGAAUUUAUGGUGAAUUGGGAUGGUUUGCGUACAAAGGAUAAGGAACGGGUUUUAGUACUUGCGGCAACAAAUAGACCAUUUGAUCUUGACGAGGCUGUAAUCAGGAGGCUUCCCAGGAGGCUGAUGGUCAAUUUGCCAGAUGCUCGAAACAGGGAGAAAAUAUUAAAGGUGAUAUUAGCAAAGGAAGAAUUGGCUCCUAAUGUUGACCUUGAAGCAGUUGCUAGCUUGACGGAGGGGUAUUCAGGAAGUGAUCUAAAGAAUCUGUGUGUGACAGCUGCACAUUGCCCCAUAAGAGAAAUUUUGGAGAAGGAGAAGAAGGAGAAGGCCUUGGCACUGGCUGAGAACAGACCGUUGCCUGCAUUACAUAGCAGUGCAGAUGUUCGUCCCCUGACUAUGGAUGACUUCAGAUAUGCACAUGAACAGGUAUGUGCAAGUGUAUCAUCAGAAUCACAAAACAUGAAUGAGCUUCUCCAGUGGAAUGAACUGUAUGGGGAAGGUGGAUCAAGAAAGAAGAAAUCACUUAGCUACUUCAUGUAGAGGAGAUGCAGGAGCUGUAUAGUGUUUGAUGUUUAGGCGGUUAUUUCUUAUCUGAGAUGGUGGGCCCUGUGACCGUGGAAAUCCAAUUCCAGGUUCCUCUCACUUGAAAACCUCUUUUCUGAACCUGGCACUCCUGUAUCAUUUUAGUUCUCAUGGGUAUUUUGUCACCACCAGAUAAAAGUGUCUAUCAAGCUUAUCCUACUAAUUUUUUGCUUCAUCAGGUCUUUCUUGUCUGUAUAUUCAGGUUGGAUUUAUUCUAAUUGUUUCUCUGCCAAUCUCUGUGUCCAUGUGGAAAAGUUGAGUAGGUGAAAUAUGGAAUUGGUAAAGAUCAGUCCCAUUGAUAGCAUUUAGAAAUUUUCUUCUUCCCCUUUUGUUUGUUGUCUGUACCCUUUUGGUGGUGGUAUGAGAUAGAAAUUUUCUCCUUACCUUCCCCUUCUGGUUGUUUUCUGUACCCUUUUGGUGGUGGUAUGAGAUAAGGGUGGGUGGGUGGAAUCCUCCAACAAAUUUGCCCAAGGAAAAAGUAGGUGUGGUAUGAUUGGCUUAAUCUGAGGGGCUCCCCUCUUUUUCGUCUCUUUUUUUUUGGUAUAUUGUACUAUUAACUUAUUGCAGCAUCUGUGUGGCUUCGAGUUUAAUGUGUAUAUAGAGAGAUGUAGAGGCUUUCCUUUUAACAUAAUCAAUGGAUAUUUAGAUUUCUCCUUUAUAUUCAUAUACCCUUGUUUAGACAGCUUUUUCUCUCCAUGUAGUUGCUUACCACA